AACAAAAACGACAACACCGACACCACAUUUCACAACAACAAAACGAUCAACAACAAUGUCAAAGAAGAAUACAAAACUUGUCACAACGUUCGGAGGUAAUAGAUGUAGUUCAAAUCCAUGCAUAAAAGGCUCAUGUACAGAUACAGUUUCUGGGUACACAUGUACUUGUGAACCAUUAUACACAGGGCAAAAUUGCGAUGCAUCAAUUAUGAGAAAGACAGCGACUGCUUAUAAAUUCCCAAUAUGGUUCCCGUACAUGGAAUAUGCUGUGUUGGCUAUGGUAUCUAUGAUUGUACUAAUGGCCGCUGGAUGUGUUUGUCUUAAAUGUUGUAAACUUUGCGGUUAUAUCUCUUCUGAUCACGACGAUGACGAAGCAGAAAAAAUGCACAGGAAAGGAAGAAGUACUUCACAGAAAAUAAAUAGGCUUACACCGUCCAAAAGGCCUUUUUCUAUCGACUUUUGAUCAAAUACCCUGUUAUAUCUACAAAAUUGAAUAUCAUAUUGUUAGCUGACGUACAGAAUAUCAGGAGAAAACGAUCCUAUCACUUACUGCUUUGAUUGUGAAUACAUGGAUUAAGGCAGAUAAUUGUCGUGUUGCAUAUCGGACUGCAAUCUUAUGUUGUGUGAUUUUUGGAGAUAUUAAAUUGUUAUAAAUAUUGAGCUACUUACCACACAUCUCAUUUAUAUCUUAUGUUUGAAAUUUUAAAACUCAUUUUGAUCUGAUAAAUAUAAAAAUACAUGAUUAUCUAAAACAAACAUCAUUGGUUUUGUCAUUAAAAAAUUCUUUCAGCACCUCCUACUUUAAAGGAUAUUUCCUCAGGAACAGGUUACUUACCUGUUUCUGCGUCGCCAUAAGUUUGAAAAAUGCGGGUUCCUCAAGUGAUAAUUUUAGUAGUGGUCGUGGUCAGUUUUAGAGAGGCUGGGUGUAACUGUGGGUUGUAUCCUGAUUGUAGUCUACUGGAGUGGAUGCCGUGGGGUUCGUGUGAGGGACCUUGCGGGGGAGUAACCAUUCAGACCAGAAAACGCUCUGUUUGUGUGGAAGUGAGCAAAAUCAUACCGUUCACAGUUGAACAUGUCGUUAGUUACUGUAACAUAACUGAGCCUAUCUCAGAAACAAAAGUUUGUCCGAGUUGUCCAUUUGGUAUCUACAACAUAACCACAAAAACGUGUAUUCAAUGCAUGUCGAAGUCUUAUCACUUCCCUCAUUGGUUUCAGUACCUCGAGAUUUCCACACUGGCCGUGAUAUCUAUGACAGUGCUUAUGACGUUGGGUUGUUUUUGUCUAAAAUGUUGUCAGCUAUGUGGAUGCACAACUCAAGAUGAUGACGACCUAGAAGAAAGAAAGAGGAUUCUAGAGUACCAUAGAUCUAGAAAGUCCAGAAAUGACCAAAAACCAAUAUGGCUAAACUCUAAUCUUGUUUAAAUCUUUCUCAGCGGUUUUUGUAUAUAUCAUUGACUGAAGUAACUUGUAAAAAUGAUGUAUUAAAUAGUAUGAAAAUCAUACGGUAUGGCUA